AUGGAGUCUGUGGGUCUCCGGGAGUCCGCCGCUCUGUUCACGGAAGGCUCGGGUCCUCAGCGGCGCACAGAGCCGCGCAGGCCGGGUCUCGGUCGCUCUCUGUCGGUGUGUUGUUGCCACAGGCUCCGCUGCUCUCCCCGGUUCAACACGCCAUGGCCAACAUGGCGGACAUUACAGAGUCACACCGCGCUGCGCUCUGCUCUAGCGGCCCAGCCCCUCGCGCACGGCUCCAGCCAUUCCCACGCAGCGGAGCGCGCAUGCGCACAGCCCAGGCCCUGGGGUCCGUGA